AUGCCAGACUCCAACUACACCAGCACCUCCUUCUUCCUAACAGGCCUCCCAGGCCUUGAAGCUGUGCACAUCUGGCUCUCCAUUCCUCUGUGUGCCAUGUAUGUGGCAUCUCUGACAGGGAACAGCCUGAUCCUGUGGGUGGUGAGGUCAGAGCCCUCCCUGCACCAGCCCAUGUACUACUUUCUGUCCAUGCUGGCGAUAACUGACCUGGGGCUAUCUGCUUCCACACUGCCCUCCAUGCUCACCAUCUACAUGCUGAGUCUCAGGGAGGUAGCCCUGGAUGUAUGCCUGGCCCAGCUCUUCUUCAUCCACACUUUCUCCAUCAUGGAGUCCUCUGUGCUGCUGACCAUGGCCUUUGACCGUGUUGUGGCCAUCAGCAGCCCCCUGCGCUAUGGCACCAUCCUCACGAGUCCCCGCAUUGCCAGCUUGGGCCUGGCCAUCAUGGUGCGCAGCAUUGGUCUCCACAUCCCAGCCCCCAUCAUGCUGAAGCAACUGCCUUACUGCCGCAAUCGCCUUCUUUCCCACUCCUACUGCCUGCACCCCGAUGUCAUGAAGCUGGCCUGUGCUGACACCCACAUCAACAGCGCCUAUGGUCUCUUCGUAGUGCUCUCCACGCUGGGUGUGGACGCAGUGCUCAUCGUCCUCUCCUACGGGCUGAUCCUCCACACAGUGCUGUCCAUUGCCUCCAAGACAGAGCGCCUCAAAGCCCUCAAUACGUGUGUCUCCCACAUCUGUUCUGUGCUGCUUUUCUACACACCUAUGAUUGGUCUGUCCAUGAUUCACAGAUUUGGGAGGUGGGCUUCCCCAUGCAGUCGUGUACUACUCUCCUAUCUUCACUUUCUCACACCUCCAGUGCUCAAUCCCGUGGUUUACACCAUUAAGACCAAGCAGAUCCGAUCAAGGAUGCUGCGCCUCUUCCGGUCAGAUGGUGCUGGCAUUAGAGACCCUCAGGAUCAUUAA